GUGCACAGUUUGAAGGAGGCGUUACAGACGCAACCUUCUGAAGGAAGGGAUGAUUCUGACAGACUGGUCGUGGGAUUUUGUUUUUUUUCGCUACCUCCUAGUGUUCAUGGCAUUAUUCGCCGUCUACAUACUUCCACUGUUGAAAGUUUUCUUCAAUUAUACAAUUGGGAAAAUAUUAUUUUCAAAAAGAAAACAAUUAAAGCGUGCAGGUGAAUGGGCUAUAGUGACAGGGGCUACGGAUGGAAUAGGUAAAGCUUAUGCUGAACAACUGGCUAAAGAUGGCUUAAACAUUAUGCUGAUUAGUAGAAAUUUAGAGAAAUUGAGUAAAGUUGCUAAAGAGAUUGAAUCUUCUUAUGGAGUGAAAACACGUGUUGUUGUCGCCGACUUUACAAAGAAUAAUAUUUAUGAAUCAAUUGAAAAAGAAAUCGCCAGUCUGUCAUCUAUUGCUUGUUUAGUAAACAAUGUUGGCAUGAGUUAUCCACACUUUGAUGAUUAUGCCAGGGCUAAAUUUAUGAAUUGUAAUUUUAUACAAGAUAUGAUCACGUGUAAUACACACUCGAUCGCUGUAAUGACGUAUUUAGUCCUUUCAAGGUUAUUAAAGCAAAAAUCGGGAACUAGUUCAGCCAUUAUAAAUAUCGCCUCAUAUGCCGGUACUGUGACAACACCAUUUGGUUCAUUGUAUGGUGCGACAAAAGCUUUUAUUUAUCAUUUUUCUCAGUCGAUUGCAGCGGAACUCCGUCUGUCGUCGUCAUCAUCAUCGAAAACAACAAAAAGUGGUCAAAACGUUAUCAUACAAACAGUUUGUCCACUUUUUGUUGUCACAGCUAUGUCACGAGUUGAACGACCCUCGUUGUUUAUCCCAACACCCAGUGACUAUGUCAAUAGUGCGUUGAAUAUGUUAGGCGUAGAAGAAUUGACAAUGGGUUAUUUUACACAUGCAUUACAAGGCUACUUCUUCAAUAUAAUACCUCUUUCUUGGAAACAUGAUAAAUGUAAGAAAAUGGUGGAGAAAGGACGUAAGAAAUUCGAAUAAAAGCGGAGAAGACAAAAGAAGGCGUGGAGAAGGAACUUCUCAUCUUAUUGCUUCUGUUGUAUAACAGUCUCUUACUAUUCUCCUUUUUCUUCAUUUUGUUGUUGUUGUCGUCAUUGAUCAUUGAAUAUUCAAGUUUUAAUGGCCUUGUUUUAAAUGAACACUUGUUUGAAUUGUCUGUGGUGUGUGUGUGUGUGUGAGUGGGUACAUAUGAAAUCAUACCUGGGAGAGAAGAGUCUCCUUAUUCUUCUUCAUGAAUUCCUUUUUAAUUAUACUAUUUAUAUCCCAACCUAUUUUGUGAUGUGCAAAUAUACUUAAAUUUGAUUUUGACACACUAUUAUGUUUGUCAUAAUUGUGGAGUGUUUUAUACUAUGUGAAUGUAGACGAAGUCAAGGUUAACCUUGUGUAGUUGAAUUUUCUAUUAAAUAGCCAUUCGAAGUGCC